ACUAUUCACUACAUAACCCAAGUCGCAGCAAGACAGGCUGGCAGUCAGUCAGCCUUUUCCGUCGCGGCUUCCCCAACUGAUAGGAUAACCGAGCCGUGCAUGCCAACAAUUAUUCACCCACCUUCUCCAUCCUUGCCUCACAAACGCGUAGCAUCAAUCUGCUCUCACCUUAUUACUCGCCCUCGUCUCCCCGAAACACGUCUGUUGUUGGCCCGCCAGCUUCCUCUGAUCACGACAGCCAGUCGCUGGCCGUUUACAUCACCGCCCGAGCGUCGACUAGCCUAAGAGAGUUACAUAGAGGGGCAAAAACCAGCGAACAUUUCUGCAAAAGCGUCCCGGGCUCGUCAACAACCACUGCAAAUCUCAACAACACCAAAACACAGCAGCCUGGCCAUCAACAUGUCUGAGCCCAUCCGCAACAAGAAGGCCGACUCCAUAACCGCGCCUACGCCGCAAAACACUCCCGCGAAUGCCGCACCCAUAUCCUCGCGUGCCCAACAGCCUGGCGUCGCCAGCAUCAAGGAGGAGGACAUCAGUGCCGCUGCCGGCCUCUUUGCUGCCAACCCUGCUCUCGUCUCCAUGAUGCAGGCCAAACUAGGCUCAUUGGUUGGCCGAUCAAGUGGCUACAUCGAGUCGCUACCCGUCUCGGUCCGCCGUCGCGUCGCUGGCCUCAAGGGAAUCCAAAAAGACCACGCGAAACUCGAGGCCGAAUUCCAGGAAGAGGUUCUUCAGUUGGAGAAGAAGUACUUCGCCAAGUUCACCCCGCUGUACCAGGACCGCGCAAAGAUUGUCAGCGGUGUCUCUGAGCCGAGCGAGGAGCAGGUCAAGGUUGGCGAGACCAAGGAUGAAGAUGACGAGGAUGAGAACCCUGUACCAGAGGAAGAGAUCAACAAGGACGAGGGCAAGGACGUCAAGGGUAUUCCAGAAUUCUGGCUCAGCGCCAUGAAGAACCAAAUUUCUCUCGCCGAGAUGAUCACCGACCGGGACGAGGCUGCGUUGAAGUCUUUGUCCGAUGUUCGCAUGGAGUACCUCGAUCGGCCAGGGUUCCGCCUCAUCUUCGAAUUUGAUGAGAAUGACUUCUUCACAAACAAGACCAUCACCAAGACCUACUUUUAUCAAGAGGAGAACGGCUAUGGUGGUGACUUCAUUUACGACCAUGCUGAGGGCGACAAAAUCGACUGGAAGACCGGCAAGGAUCUCACCGUCCGCAUCGAGAGCAAGAAGCAGCGCAACAAGAACACCAAACAGACCCGAGUGGUCAAGAAGACUGUCCCAACGGAGUCAUUCUUCAACUUCUUCGACCCACCCAAGCCCCCUCAGGAUGAGGACGACAGCUCAUCUGACAUUGAGGAGCGGCUCGAACUGGACUACCAGCUUGGUGAAGACAUCAAGGAGAAGCUCAUUCCCCGUGCCAUUGAUUGGUUCACUGGUGAAGCCCUACAGUACGAGAACAUUGAAGAUUUCGAUGAGGGCGAGUUCGAGGAUGAGGAUGAUGAAGACGAUGAUGAGGUCACCGAAGGCGACUCGGACGAAGACUCAGAUGAGGAGGGUGACGGCACAAAACCAAAGCAGGAAGCUGCUGAAUGCAAGCAGAGCUAAAGGUUGCAUUUCCUUCUUCGACAUUGCU